AUGGCACCGGACGAACCUCCCGCCGAGACUGAAGGUGAUGCUUCCACGGCGGCUCGGCCUCUGCAUCCAGUCACACACUGGGAGCAAUUGAACGAGCAAGAGGAGGCGGAGAAUAAUGAUGCUGACUCUGUCAUCUCCAAUCCCGCCGAGUCCACAGCAUCAAUGACCUCGAGCAUUCUGUCGUAUCGAACCAUUCAAGGACGAACGUUUCACUCAGAAAGAGGGAAUGCUCAAUACUGGGCUGCCAAUGAUGAACAACAGAAUGAGUCGAUGGAUAUAGUACACCACUUUUUGACUCGCCUACUUGAUGAUAAACUAUUUUUAUCACCUUUAAAGGAUAAUAUCCAGCCAUGGACUUUCGCUCCAGAUUCCAUUGACUUUGUUCACAUGCGUUAUUUAUUUGGCAGCAUCAAAGACUGGUCAGCGUUGUUCAAGGAAGCGUUCCGGGCAUGUAGACCCGGCGGGUGGGUUGAAAGUCACGAGGCCUCUGCGAUGAUGGAGAGUGACGAUGGAACCGUUACAGACAGCAGCGCAAUGCAUGAAUGGGGAAGAUUCUUUAUUGAGGGGGGAAAGAAGAUGGGACAGCCAUGUACCAUUAUCGAAGAUGACCUUCAGCAGAAGUGCAUGCGCGAGGCUGGCUUUGAGGACAUUCAAAUCGCCGACUACAAGGCAAGGACCCAGUCUAACAUUGACGAACAGUGGCUAAUAGUUGUAUUGCAGAUUGCUAUCGGCGGGUGGCCUAAGGAUAAAAAGAUGAGAGAGAUUGGCCAGUAUGUUCUAGCUGCUCUGGAGCAGGACUUUGAAGGAUAUGUUCUAUACAUGGCGAGCCAGCUCUUGGGGUGGUCGAUGCAAGAGGUGAAGGUCUACUGUGCACAGCUCCGGCGGGAACUUCGGUCGACCGCGAACCAUCCUUUCUUUCGUUACCGCGCCGUUUAUGGUCGAAAGCCACAAGUUUCUUCUUGA